AUGGGUAACGCAAUCGGUUCUCGGAAGUUGGAAUCGGCGGCAAUGGCUGCCGGAAAAGUUGUAUUAUCCAACGGAAGAGUACAAAACUUAGAGGAAGAGACGACGGUGGCUGAGAUUAUGCUGGAAAACCCGCAACACGUCGUCGUCGAAUUUGAUCCGUCGUCGAUAUCAUUCAACGACCGUCAUCGUAAAAACAACGACCGUAAAACGGUGAAGAAAAAGCUGACACCUUUACCGGCGGACAAAACACUCGAGCCAGGAAAAAUCUAUUUGGUGCUCCCGUCCAAAAGAAACGGUGGCGGCGGCGGCGCCAAAUCAUCAUCAUCAUCGGCGGUGAUGACGUCAGAGGAGAUACGAAAAAUGCUGUUUAGCGCCACGGCGAUGGUAAGGUCAUCGUUUAGCUACUAUGAAGGGAUUCUUCCUUGGUUCACUACUAAAAGCUUUAAUAAUAAUAAUAAUAAUAAUAAUAAUACUCUGGCGACCGAUGCGGUGGUUGCUGCAACGUCGGUUGGAAGGUUGGAGGCGGAGACGGAGGAGGAAGGGAGGCCGGAGUUUUUGAGCCGGCAACUGUCGGGAAGAGGGUGGAAACCAAGCUUGGACCCAAUCAAAGAGAAGAAAGCAAAGAAGAAAAUGGUUCAACGGUUGUUGUUCUAA